AUGGGGGUGAACAAUUUCGACGAAAGGUCCGCCAUCCCAUUCUUCACCAACAACCUCAGGUCUGGUCCUUUCCACAGCGACCUCGUCCGGAACGAGCCAAAGACGUACACGGAGUUGAUGGACCGCGCCGCGCGGUAUGCCAACGCCGAGGCGGCGGAGAAGAGGAAGAAGGAGGAAGAGGAAGGCCGGGGCCGGGGCGACAAGGCACCUCAACCCCAGGAGGAUCGCCGCACGUCGCGAUCACGCCGUGAUCGGGGUCCCCGCCUAGCCCCGCUACGACACCUGACCCCGCUAACCCAGCCCGUGAGUGUCAUUCUGGACCACGCGGAGGACAUGGGCAUUGUGUCAUUCCCCGAGGAGUGCUUGAAGAUCUCCCCAAGGCUAACCCGAAGAAGCCAAUAUGUGAAGAGAUCCGGGCAGGACCAUGCUAAAGGCCCCGACAACGCCCGGAAGAAGAAGGAUGGCGCCGGGCCAUCCGCCUCUGCCCCGCGCAAGAGGGAACUCGGCCAACUCACGGAGGACGAGGAGGCCGAGCCAGAUAGCCCGCCAAAGAAGAAAGUCAUCCACGUCAUCUUUGGCGGCCCGGAGGGAGGAGACACGCCCGCUAAGAGGAAGAGGUGGGCGCGGAACCUAUACGUGGGGGAGGUCGUCCGAGCACCCCACGAAAAGAGGACACGCAAGGAGCCUAUAACGUUCACCAACGACGACCUCUCGGAUGACCCCUUGCCCCACCGAGAUGCAUUGGUGAUCAGGCUGGAGCUCAAAGACAUCAUUGUCCACCGGGUACUGGUAGAUACGGGGAGCUCUGUGAACGGCAUGUAUUAUGACACCUUUGCGCAACUAGGACUAUCCCGGAAGCAGCUCUCCCAGGUACGGACCUCGCUAUCCGGUUUCACUGGGGUCUCCAUCGAAACAGAGGGCUCCAUCACCCUCGAGGUGCAGAUCGGCACCCCGCCGCACGUUAAAAAGUGGGAGGUGGAGUUCGUAGUAGUAAAAAUCAACUGCGCCCAUAACAUCAUACUCGACCGACCUUCCUUGGAGGACCUCAGGUGCAUCAUCUCCAUGGAGCACCUUUGUCUCAAGUUCCCCACCCCCACUGGAGUUGAUGUCGCGCGAGGAGGCCAGAAAAUCAUUCAGAGCUGCUACUUGAAAGCAUGCCGCCAAAUAACGAAGAAGGACCUCCAGGUACACACCGUAACCGAGAAGGCGCUUCGAGAAGAAGAGAACCCGCCCCGAGCCGAACCCGCGGUGGAGACAGAAGAGGUCAUUCUAGACCUCAGCCGACCCGACAGGAUGGUGAAGGUGGGUACAGGCCUCCCGGUCGACCUCUAG